AUGUCUUCUGAUCUAGAAGAAUUAGACGAUGAUCUAGAUCUAGAAGUCUUGGAGAAAGUCAAACAGACCGAUAAGAAGUCUGCGGCUGGCCAGAUUCCAACCCACCACAAGCUAGACGAGUCGCAAUUGGACACUUAUAUCUAUCCGACCAAUCUCCCCAUAAGAGAUUAUCAGUACUCAAUUGUCAACCGGGCACUAUUCCACAAUGUGUUAGUUGCCCUACCGACAGGUUUGGGUAAGACUUUUAUUGCCAGUACGGUAAUGUACAAUUAUCUUCGGUGGUUUCCCGAACUGAAGAUUAUCUUCAUGGCACCAACGAAGCCUUUGGUUGCACAGCAGAUCAAAGCAUGUUGCAGCAUCACGGGGAUUCCAUCGUCCAAAGCAGCCAUUCUUCUAGACCGAACUCGGAAGAAUCGUGCAGAGAUUUGGGCGGAAAAGUCUGUAUUCUUUACUACACCACAGGUGGUGGAAAAUGACUUGACGGCAGGCAUUGUGCAUCCGAAACUGAUAGUGCUUCUUGUGGUAGAUGAGGCUCAUCGUGCUAAAGGUAACUAUGCAUAUAACAAUGUAGUCAAGUUCAUCUCUAGGUUUUCCAAGUCCUUUAGGAUAUUGGCGCUUACCGCGACGCCCGCAUCGAAAGCUGAUGCUGUGCAAGAGAUUGUGGACAAUCUUAAGAUAUCUUAUGUUGAAGUUCGAACCGAGAGAAGCAUUGAUAUUUUCAAGUAUCUCAAACGAAAGAAGAUUGAGCGCAUCAACGUGGGAUUGACAGACGACGUCUACAUUGCAGUUGAAGCAAUCUGUGAAGCGAUAACUCCUGUGCUUCGAAUCGCAAACCAGAAACGAAUCUUCGAUAUUAGUGACCCUCAUAAAAUCAAUUCACUCAUGGCUAUUGAGGCUCAACAGCGGAUCAAAAGGGACCCAGGCAUUCCCGAGGCAUUGAAGUGGACGAGCUUUUUCCUCCUCCAGGUUUUAUCUGUCGCUGGUCAAUGUUUGCGGCGGCUUCACAUUUAUGGGUUAAGAACAUUCUAUGAGUAUUUCCUGGAAAAAUACAUCGAGUUCACUACCAAAUACAACAAUGGAAAGUCUACGAAUCACAAUGCGGCUAAAUUUUACUGUAAUGAUAGUCUCAAGAAGUUGAUGGCCAAUUGCAAGACAACUGUUGCUGAUCCAAAUUUUCUCGGCCACGAGAAAAUGUCCAUUACAAUAUCAGAGCUUAACAAAUUCUUCAAAGAGUCUUUAAAUCCAGAUUCUCGAGUUAUCAUAUUUACAGAGCUAAGGCUGUCCGCGUUGGACCUUGUACGGGCCAUCGAAAGGAAAAACCCAGAAACACUUAAGCCGCAUAUCUUUAUUGGGCAGGCUAAAGAGAAGGAAAAGUUCGACGAGGAGAUUUUUUUGAACAAAGGUAAGAAGAAAAAAGCUGGUGACCCAGCUCCCAAGAAGAAAAAGGCCGAUAAAGAUACUCAAACAUCGUCGGAGCUGGCACAAGUUUCCGGAAUGAAUCAAAAAAUGCAAAAGGAAAUCAUCAAAAAGUUUAAAGCUGGAGAGUAUAACAUUUUGGUAGCAACUUCGAUUGGUGAGGAGGGAUUGGAUAUCGGUGAGGUUGAUUUAAUUAUCUGCUACGACUCUACGUCCUCGCCGAUCAAAAACGUUCAACGAAUGGGAAGAACAGGUCGUAAUCGAGACGGAAAAGUCAUCAUGCUAUUUUCAAAUAACGAGGAGACCAAAUUUAAUUCUGCCAUGGAGCACUACGAAUACAUCCAGCAACACAUCAUGAAGGGAUUAGUGCAAAUGAAUGAACAGAACCGUAUACUCCCUGCUCGUUUUGCACCUAGAGUAGAGGAGAAGAAAAUCGAAAUCCCUCGUGAAAACUCAGAAAUUGAGCAAGUAGACGACGAAGAUGAGAUUAUUCGACUUGCUACAAAAUAUAUGACCCAGUCGAACACCGGCGCAAAAACAGGAGGCACCUCAAAAACAAAAACAGCCACGAGUACCAAGCUGAAGCAGAACUCAACUAGGGCUUCAGCAAAAAGCGAUAAAAUUCAAAAGCGAUUUUUUAUGCCCGAUGAUGUCGAAGCUGGUUUUCGACUGGCAGGCCAGGUUUUGAGAGGCGAUGAUCCAGAGACAGCAAAGAAGAGAAGGAUCGAAGAGCAUGGAUCUGACUUCCUAGACAGUCUAUUGGAUUCUGACGAUGACAUAUUGCUUGCAAAGAAGCCAGCUACAGACACAAUACUUCUGAGUUUGGAUUCUCAACAUGCAAAGACAGAAGAAAUACAUUUGGAGAAGCCUUCACCAAAAGUGCCACCUCUUGAAAAGCCGCCGCUAAGAGCACCACCACACAAACUUGCAUUGAGAGCUACUGGAAAACUGCUUGGUCCUCUGAAACCCAAGGUGUUACGUCAACAAGAGAUAUUUAAUUGGCGAAACCCCAGUGGUGUAUUGGAAUCAGCCAAAGCGGCAACUCUGUCUCCCAAAUCCUUCAAAGAAGACAAGCAGAUGGCGUCCCCCCACAACAUAGCUGCAACUAUGCCGAGCAUGCUGGCGACUGAUCCCAAAGAUGACUUACCUACAAAAGUCGAGGUUUCAGAGGACGACGAUUUUAGUGACGACGAGGAUAUCUUGGCGCUUGCAAAGAAGACGCAAUUGCACUGGGAGCGAGAAGCCUCUUUAGGGGUUGAGGUUCCAAAAUCUCUUGCUCCUGCAAAUGCAUUAGAGCCUACGUCAGGACCAAAACAAAAAUCAAAAGCGCCCCAGAUGAUUGAAAAGUCGCAAGACCCUAUGGAGGAAGAAAUCUUCAAGGUAGAUCCUAAUGCUGGGCUCCUUACCGAUGACCAAAAGCAAGAGCUUUAUCUCCACUAUUACGCUACCCCAGAGCACAACGAGAAACUUGACUAUUCGUCGAUUCUGUAUACUCCACAAGAUGGAUACGAGGUAAGUCACAGCAAGAAUUCGCUGAGAUACAUUUCGUUUUGUCUGCUGCUGCGUAAGUUGGAAAAUGAUGUUGCUGAAGAUGCUUUGGAAUUGUACGAUACAUUAGCCACGAAACCGCAGCCUCCUUUUGCUGAUAUGUUUGGCUCGCAAUAA